UCUCUCGUCGAUCUGUGCAGCAGCUUUUCUUCCUCUCUCUCCAUUUAGCAAUUCUCUCAUCGCAUUCGCUUCGAUUUAUGGCUUCUUGAGGAUUUCAUCCUUGCGUUCUUUGGUGUUAAUCUACCUUGCAUCGAUCUUCGGACCAUAUAGCGUUCGAUUCAUCCAUUCCUUGUUCCACAUACGCUGCAAUCUCGUUCCAAAUCUGUUAGUAUUCUGAAACCCUAACUUCGUUUCUUACCUUCCGAGGAGUUGGUUACCAGCCGCGCCAAGUCAAGAGGAAGCCGUAGUAGAGCUCAGCAAACUUAGUUCCUCUCGAUCUGAACGAGUCUCGCUGCUCGAGGAAAUUGUGAAUUGAACUGGAAAUAUACUUCUCUGAAACUGAUAGAGACCAGUUCUGUAGACGAUAAGUCUAGAUGGUAGAAAACAGAGGAAAUGUUCCUCCUGCAAAUGGGAGGGCUCCUGGGGCUGGAAAUGCUUAUACUAUUGACUUGGAGACCUUUAGCAGGCGGUUGAAAGCCCUUUACGUCCAUUGGAGUGAACACAAACUUGAGCUUUGGGGGUCUUCUGAUGCCCUUGCAGUUGCUACUCCACCUGCCUCUGAGGACCUGCGAUACUUGAAGUCAUCUGCUUUGAACAUUUGGUUGCUUGGAUAUGAAUUUCCAGAGACAAUAAUGGUAUUUAUGAGUAAGCAAAUUCAUUUCUUGUGUAGCCAGAAGAAGGCAACUUUGCUUGAGAGUGUGAAAAGAUCUGUCAAGGAGACUGUGGGUGCGGAAGUUGUCAUGCAUUUGAAGGCAAAAAGUGAUGAUGGUAAAUCACAAAUGGAUGCUAUACUGCGAGCUAUCCGCAUUCAAUCAAAGUCGGAGGGCCGAGAUAGCCCUGUCAUUGGAUAUAUAGCAAGAGAGGUUCCCGAAGGGAAUCUUUUGGAGACAUGGUCUGAGAAGACGAAGAACUCUGAUCUUCAGCUUGGUGAUAUAACUAAUGGGUUGUCUGACCUUUUUGCUCUCAAAGAUAGUAAUGAGAUUACAAAUGUGAAAAAGGCUGCCUAUUUGACUGCGUGUGCGAUGAAAAAUUUUGUGGUUCCCAAACUAGAGAAGGUGAUUGACGAGGAGAAAAAAGUCACGCAUUCUUCAUUGAUGGAUGACACAGAGAAGGCCAUACUAGAGCCAACAAAAGUAAAGGUGAAAUUAAAGGCUGAAAAUGUAGACAUCUGUUACCCUCCAAUCUUUCAGAGUGGUGGAAAAUUUGACCUCAGACCUAGUGCUUCAAGUGAUGAUGAGCAUCUGUACUAUGAUUCUGCCAGUGUGAUCAUAUGUGCUAUUGGAUCUAGAUACAACAGCUACUGUUCAAACGUUGCCAGAACUUUUCUAAUUGAUUCCACUCCAACACAGGGUAAGGCUUAUGAGGUUCUUCUGAAGGCUCAUGAGGCAGCAAUUGAUGCACUGAACCCUGGGAACAAAGCCAGUGCUGUGUAUCAGGCAGCCCUCUCUGUAGUUGAGAGGGAUGCUCCUGAGUUGGUCAGCAACCUGACGAAGUCUGCUGGUACAGGAAUUGGUUUGGAGUUCCGCGAGUCAGGAUUAAGUCUUAAUUCCAAGAAUGACAAGGUGCUGAAACCAGGCAUGGUUUUUAAUGUAUCCCUUGGUUUCCAGAACUUGCAGACGGAGGACAAGAACCCAAAGAGCCAGAACUUCUCUCUGUUGCUUGCAGACACAGUUAUUAUUACUGAGAAGGGCCAUGAUGUUGCAACUAUGUUGAGUUCUAAGGCUGUUAAGGAUGUGGCUUACUCCUUCAAUGAGGAUGAUGAAGAGGAGCAGCAGCCAAAGGUUGCACAUGCUAAUGGAAUCAGUACCUUGUAUUCCAAAGCAACUCUAAGAUCGGACAAUCAGGAGAUAACGAAGGAAGAGCUUCGGCGGCAGCACCAAGCAGAACUUGCUCGGCAGAAGAAUGAAGAAACGGCCAGACGUCUUGCUGGCGGUGACAAUGUAGCUGGAGAUCAUCGCACUACUGCAAAAGCUUCUAGUGAGUUAGUUGCAUAUAAGAAUGUUAAUGACCUGCCCCCUCCUAGGGAAAUGAUGAUCCAAGUUGACCAGAAGAACGAGGCCAUCCUCCUCCCCAUAUAUGGUAGUAUGGUUCCUUUUCACGUGGCAAAUGUGAAGACCGUCUCCAGCCAGCAGGACACCAAUCGAAAUUGCUAUAUCCGCAUUGUAUUUAAUGUUCCUGGUACCCCUUUCAAUCCUCAUGAUUCAAACACUUUAAAGCAUCAGGGGGCUAUAUAUCUGAAAGAGGUCUCUUUCCGCUCAAAGGAUCCGAGGCACAUAAGUGAAGUGGUGCAGCUAAUUAAAACACUUCGACGGAAUGUUGUGGCUAGGGAGUCUGAGAGGGCUGAGCGAGCAACUCUGGUUACUCAGGAGAAGCUUGUACUUGCAGGGAACAAAUUUAAGCCCGUAAGAUUAUCUGAUCUCUGGAUCCGUCCCACUUUUGGUGGCCGUGCAAGAAAGUUAUAUGGUACACUAGAAGCCCACGCAAACGGUUUUCGGUAUUCAACAUCAAGGCAAGAUGAGCGCGUGGACAUUAUGUAUGGAAACAUCAAGCAUGCAUUCUUCCAGCCGGCAGAGAAGGAAAUGAUUACUCUGCUUCAUUUUCAUUUGCACAAUCACAUAAUGGUUGGAAACAAGAAAACCAAGGAUGUGCAAUUCUAUAUUGAGGUCAUGGAUGUGGUCCAGACUCUUGGUGGCGGAAAGAGAUCUGCGUAUGACCCUGAUGAGAUUGAGGAAGAGCAAAGGGAAAGGGAGCGGAAGAAUAAAAUCAAUAUGGAUUUCCAGAACUUUGUGAACAGGGUGAAUGAUCUCUGGGGCCAGCCCCAAUUUAAAGGACUUGACCUUGAGUUUGAUCAACCUUUAAGGGAGCUUGGUUUCCAUGGGGUUCCCUAUAAGGCCUCAGCUUUCAUUGUCCCAACAUCAACUUGCUUGGUUGAGCUGAUAGAAACUCCUUUCCUUGUGGUUACCCUUUCUGAGAUUGAGAUUGUGAACUUAGAGAGAGUGGGUCUUGGGCAGAAGAAUUUCGACAUGGCUAUUGUCUUUAAGGACUUAAAGCGUGAUGUCCUUCGAAUAGAUUCUAUUCCUUCCACAUCACUUGAUGGCAUCAAGGAAUGGCUCGACACGACAGACAUCAAAUAUUACGAGAGCAGGCUGAAUCUGAACUGGCGUCCAAUAUUGAAGACGAUCAUUGAUGACCCUCAGAGGUUCAUUGAGGAUGGGGGAUGGGAAUUCUUAAAUCUGGAAGCUAGUGACUCAGAUUCUGAGAACUCUGAAGAAUCAGACCAAGGUUAUGAGCCAUCUGACGCUGAACCUGAUUCAGUCUCUGAGGAUGAUGAUUCUGACAGCGAGUCUCUGGUUGAGUCUGAGGAUGAUGAAGAAGAGGACUCAGAGGAAGAGUUGGAAGAAGAGAAGGGCAAGACAUGGGAAGAGUUGGAGAGGGAAGCAAGCAAUGCCGACAGGGAACAAGGGGAUGAAUCAGACAGUGAGGAAGAGCGGAGGAGAAGAAAAAUGAAGGCUUUUGGCAAGUCCCGGGCUGGUCCUAGUAGCACUGCCCCAAAGAGGGCAAAGUUGAGGUGACCGAGGAGAAGUAUCUUGUAGCAGCAGCGUCCUGGUUUUGAUGCACAGCAACAAUUUGCUAUGUCCGUGGGAGGUCUUUUACCUUACCUUUUGAUAAUCAACUACUCAGAAAUCAAAAAGUUGUUCCCGAUCUUGUUCUCCUAUCUUAGGUGCUCUGUGGGGAAUUGGCUUUGUAAAAUUAAUGGUGUUAUAUUGAACUCCUCUUUGAUUUUCCUUUACAAGUUUAUUUUGCAUUGAUUCUCUAGGACGACCUGUUCGUAGGUACUGGCGAGUGAUGAAUUGAUGAAGUAAGAGAUCAAUAAUUUAGCUCUGUUUUCUUGAAAUGGGUGCUAUGCCUCUGUGCUUAAGCUGCUCUGCAUAUAUCAAUCACCAGUCCCAGUUGGUCUAUAUUAUUACAGAAUGAUUUAUUUGUAAACC